CAACCAGUUAAGAUGCCAGUCUUUCCUCCUCUUCGAAACCGAGUAGUUCUAUAAUAUCCCAAUCUGUAGAUCACGCGAAACUCGACACUCUGCCAAAGUUGAAAAAAUUCGAGGUACGCAGAAUCAAACUUCUGCAGCAACUUCCAGCUGUAAAAAUAUCAGAGACUGUGCAACAUGUUUCGGGUUUGAUAUUUACGUCAGAAUUAACUAGGAUAAAGAUUCUGCCUCCAGGCAAACGAUGGGCUUCAAACAAGUUAUCGUUAUUGCGACUCUCGCCGUCUCGGCUGUUCAAGUUUCGAGCAAGGACGUGAAGACGCUCUACACAAAUGGCUACUACUACAGCCAAUUUUUCCCACUCGAAUCGAACAUGGCCGCGGAAAAAACCCUGCGAUUUUCUGUCCGCGCGCCGAGAGAUGCUCACAUUUUAUUAGCCCCAUCGCACCAGGCGGACGGACCGGUCUAUGAAAUAGUCCUUGGAGCCCACGACAACACGGUUAACUACAUCAGAGGGCGAUGUCCUUGCCAGGAGGAGCCGAGCGCGUCGAUCAGGACGGUGAACCUGCUGAAUCGUCAGCAGUUCCGAAAUUUUUGGAUAAGAAUAAAGUCAGAUUCCCGAAGGACCUUUAUCCAGGUCGGCAUCGGAGGAAAAGACACCCCUUUCCACGAGUGGCGAGACCCGAGGCCCCUCAACCUUCAAUACCUCAGCUUCCGGUCUGGGACUCCAGCCGAAUGGAAAUACGGAUAUAGCGACGAGGCGAACACUGUUGGCGUUUCAGCAGACAGACAUCAGUCAGUGGUAACUUCGACCGGAUACGGUCAGUAUUAUCCGCUUUCCGAGGUCGUUAGCCAUUCGGACGACGCUGUGACGCUUUACUUCACCGUCAGGACAUCGAAAGAGUUUCAAAUUCUUCUCAGCCCUGCGGUAAGCUCCUUGGGAGAUUGCUACGAAUUUGGUAUCAGCCAGAGAGGAGCUUACCUUCGCCGACGUCAUCUCGGAGAAAACAAAGCUGCCUUUAAGCAAGACGGCUUCUCGAAUGAUCGAGAACGCGCUCGAUACUGGAUCAGACUCACCAGAGAUGGAUCAGUGACGAUGGGAAAAGGAGGUUCCGCAUCCCCGGUCAUCCAGUGGCGUGAUCCAAGUCCCUUGUCUCCGCAGUUCCUUAGUUUUACUCUGCAUCGUGAGAGAGGCGAAGAUCCGGACGCGAGCAGUUUUGCAGAUGUCCAAUUCGCUCUGGGGCCGGAUUAUUCGUUGGCCACACAGGACUGCAGGGCCCGAUGGAAGGACGCCUCUGGCGGACUUCCUCCAGGUGCCGUUCGGGGCGGAAGGAACAACGAUGACGAAAUUUUCGUCUGUCGCGCAAGCCAUGACGGUGAAGUUGCACCCGGAAGUUACGUGCCGAUAAAAGGACGGAUUGGAGAAUGCCACGUGACUUCGUCUCUGUUUGUCUAUCAAAAAACGGAAUUUCAGGUAUUAACGGGUUGUCGUUUCGGCUGGCUCCCAGCAUCUCUUGGCGCAGUUCCUGACGGGGCAAUAUCGGGCGGUGAAUCAUCCGGAAAUGUGAAGCUCUUCGUAUCCAGAGUUUCCCACGAGGAUCAAGUUAUCGUCGGCAAGCUACAACCAAACCGUCGUCUCAGUUUCAUCCCCUUUGGUGAUCAGGAACUUCCGUUCACCAAUUACGAAGUGCUGGUGAAGCCCGCCUCUGCAAACGGCGCGUCUUCUGCCGGAGGAUCGAACGAUUCACCUUUGAUUGGAAAGUGAUCGG